CAUCCGUGAAGGAGCCCCCGAGGCCCACCCUCUUGUCUGACGGCAGCCUGGCCCUCUCCAGGAAUGCCGGCAUGACCGUCUCGCAGAAGGGGAGUCCACAGCCAGCACCCAGCCAAGCGGGAACAGGGGCAAGACUCGGACCAGUCAUAGGAGAGAUGGAUGAAGCCGACUCUGUGUUUUUGAAAUUUAAGCAGGCAGCUGACGACUCCCUUUCACUUACAUCCUCGAAUGCCGAGUCCAUUUUUGUAGAAGACCCCUACACUGCCUCACUGAGGAGUGAGAUCGAAUCGGAUGCCCAUGAGUUCGAGGCCGAGUCCUGGAGCCUGUCUGUGGACCCGGCGUACGCAAAGGAACAAAAGAAGGAGGUGGCGAAGAGACAGGAUGUGAUUUAUGAGCUGAUACAGACGGAGGUGCACCACGUGCGGACGCUCAAGAUCAUGCUGAAGGUCUACUCCAGGGCCCUGCAGGAGGAGCUGCAGUUCAGCAGCAAGGCCAUCAGCCGCCUCUUCCCGUGUGCAGACGACCUGCUCGAGGUGCAUGGCCACUUUCUCUCUCGGCUAAAGGAACGCCGCCGGGAGUCCCUGGAAGAGGGCAGCGACCGGAAUUACAUCAUCCAGAAAAUCGGGGACCUCCUGGUACAGCAGUUUUCAGGUGAAAAUGGAGAGAGAAUGAAAAAGAAAUAUGGUGUCUUUUGUAGUGGACACAACGAAGCAGUCAGUCAUUACAAAUUGUUGCUGCAGCAAAAUAAGAAAUUUCAAAACUUGAUCAAGAAAAUCGGCAGCUCUUCCAUCGUGAGACGCCUUGGCGUGCAGGAGUGCAUUCUUCUGGUCACUCAGCGCAUAACCAAGUACCCCGUGCUGGUGGAGCGCAUCAUUCAGAACACGGAAGCUGGCUCCAAGGACUACGAAGACCUGACCCAGGCCCUGAACCUCAUCAAAGACGUUAUCUCACAAGUGGACACCCAGGUCAGCGAGUGCGAGAAAGGCCAGCGCCUCAGAGAGAUCGCAGGGCGGAUGGACCUGAAGUCCUCCAGCAAGCUCAAGAACGGGCUGCCCUUCCGCAAGGAGGACAUGCUGCAGCGGCAGCUGCACCUGGAAGGCACGCUGGCCUGGAAGACCACAGCGGGGCGCCUGAAAGAUGUCCUUGUCGUCCUCUUGACCGAUGUGCUGUUGCUGCUACAAGAAAAGGAUCAGAAGUACGUCUUUGCUUCUGUGGACUCGAAGCGCCCCGUCAUCUCAUUACAAAAGCUCAUUGUGAGGGAAGUAGCCAACGAGGAAAAAGCCAUGUUUCUGAUCAGCGCCUCCCUGCAAGGGCCUGAGAUGUACGAGAUUUACACCAGUUCCAAAGAGGAGAGAAAUGCCUGGAUGGCACACAUCCGAAGGGCCGUUGAGAGCUGUCCGGACGACGAGGAAGGGCCCUUCAGCGAGGCUGAAGAGGAGAGGAAGGUGGUGGAGGCCCGCGCCCUGAGGCUGAGGGACUUCCAAGAACGACUGAGCCUGAAGGACCAGCAGAUCGCACAGAGCCUGCGAGAGAAGCAGCAGAUCUUCGUGGAGAUGGCCGAGAUGAGUGGCCUGGACGACUCGGCUCAGCCGCGCCUCCUCUUCCGCGGAGGGGACCUCGCAGAGAACCUGCAGGGCGAAUGGAUCCUCAAGUCAGCCAUGACCGAGAUUGCAGACAUCCAGAGCCUCAUCUGCAGGCGGCUGGGCGGCACCAGUGGCCAGGCAGAUGGGGGUGCCUCUGCGGGCCUGCACCAGAGGGCAGAGGCCUUUGGAGGCUCCGACAGCACCAGCGACCCUGGCAAGAGUGACAGUUGUAGGAAGAAGGUAUGCGGCAGUGACCUCAGCCCAGGAGACUGGCAAGACCCUGUGAGCAGUCCAGAUGCGAAGCUCGGCGACACCCCAGGCGCCUCUGAGGAAGCACCAUGGGCGGUGGAGGCACCAGGCACUGAGUCUGGCCCCCGUCUGCCCACUGUCCUGGAGUUGGAGCUUGUCCAGCGAAUCCAGACACUGUCCCAGCUGCUCCUGAGCCUCCAGGCGGUCAUCACCCAGCAGGACAGCUACGUGGAGAUGCAGAGGGCCUCCAUCCAGGAGCGCGAGAAGCAGUUCCGGCUGCAGUCGACACGCGGGAACCUGCUGCUGGAGCAGGAGCGGCAGCGCAACUUCGAGAAGCAGCGAGAGGAGCUGGCGGGCGUGCAGAAGCUGCAGAGCCAGCUGCGGCUGGAGCAGCAGCGCUGGGAGCGCCAACGGGAGCAGCAGCAGCAGGAGCUGGACCUGGCCUUGGCCCACCUACAGCAGCGCCAGAGCGAGGCAGCGCGGCUGCAGGAGCAGCAGGCCCAGGAGCGCGCUGAGCUGGAGCAGCAGCGCCAGGCCUACCAGCACGACCUGGAACGGCUUCGGGAGGCCCAGCGCCUCGUGCAGCGCGAGCGCGAGCAGCUAGAGCUGCUGCAGAGGCUCAAGAAGCAGAACACAGUGCCCAGGGCGCUGCCACCUGAGCUGCCCACAGAGGCCCAGCCCCCAAGCCACGCCCCCAGCUUCAACGGGGAGGGGCUGGAAGGCCCUGAGCGCCCCGAGGUGGCUCGCCGGGACAGCACCCCAGCCGAGAGCCGGCCGGCCAGGAGCGACGUGCCUAUCCAGCUGCUGAGCACCACCAACCAGAUCCAGAGGCAGGCGGCCGUGCAGCAGCAGAUCCCCACCAAGCUGGCUGCCUUCACCAAGGGCGGCAAGGACAAGGGCAGCAAGAGCAGGGGCUCCCAGCGCAGUGAGAGUUCAGCUUCGUUCGACCUGAAGCAGCAGCAGCAGCUUUUCAGCAAACUCACGGGCAAGGAGGAGUAUGUCUCUCGGAGCCACAGCUCACUGAGUCCCGUCCGGCGCAGCAGCCACCGCUCCGCAUCCCCCCAAGACCUCUCCUGCCAGGCGCCCAGCCCAGCCGUGGAGGACACGUCCCCCGAGUGUCCCCCCUUCCUGCCCAUGCCGGGGCCCCUUACCCCACUCGACAAGGAAGAAGCGAGCAAAGAAGACGUCAUCUUCUUCUAGGGCCAGCAGCUUGAGGUGCUGUGCUCUCUGGGACUCGCCGGCUGCCCUCCCCCUGCCCAGCACACCACCAUGGAUGACCCCCUGGCCAGGCUUGGGGUCGGGGUCGGGCCCGCCUGUCGUUUCCAGGCUCUUGCUGUGGGAUUGAUCAUCAGUGGUGCCUUUUUUUAUACAAAAAGGGACAUUUUUAAUCGAAGGCUGAACCUAAGCUAACUGAGGAGCUAUUUUAAUGGCAGCCCCCGCUUGGGUAGGGAGAGACCCACUCCAAGCAGUUUUUCCAAGGUAGUGACAGACUGGGGGUCCCACACGGAGCCUGACGACGGGCCAGACCUCGGUCUGUGGAGGAGGGGCCACCCCACAGCCGUUAGGAGACACUGGAGCUGGACUGGUCAUUAGGGCAGCGGAAGGGCCAGGGUAGUGUCAGCUGUCUCCCUUGGCAGAAUCAAAGCCGAGAUGUACAUGGGUUCAUGGUGAGCCUCAAGGCGAGGGUACAGGCAAGACGAGGGCGUACACAGCCCAGGGACAGAGGGCCCCCAGGGCAGAGUGGCUGGAAAGGAUGGCCAGUUGUACUCAAGUGAGUUCUUUAGGGCAGAACUCAUCUCGAAGGGGUCUGACUGGAACCCGUGUUAAUUUAGUGGGUUUUUUAAAACCUGCUGUAGUCGAUCUCCGUGCUUCCCCAGGCACCUCACCGAGUCCACGUGGCUCUCCAGGUGCUCGGCCUGGGGAAGCCAAAUCAAGAGGUUUGGCCAGGCCAGCAGGCCCCAAAGUCCCGGCCCCCAGCAGGGGGCCCUCGGUCCCCAGGAGAUGAGCUGGUUUUCCCAGGGCCUCCAAGAGGAAGUCCCAGGGCUGGUCUCCGGUGCUGAUGGGCUGAUGCAGAUACAGCACAGAGCAGAGCGGUGGCGCUGCCAGUGAAGGUGACACGCUGGGAGCACAUGUGGCCUGGAGACCUCCAGUGGGCAGGUGGCCACCUCACAGGCCCACACAUCCAGUGAGCUGCUGUCGCGGGCUGUCCCCUUAUCCCUGGAAGAGGGCAAGGGCCACCAGUCCACUCGCAAGGCUGUGGGUGUUGGGUGGUGUCACGUCAGGGUGGUGGCUGAGCCAGAGCCACGUCCCACCUCUGGCCAAACACAAGCUCGGGUGCUGGUGCAGGAAGGGGGCAUGACUCACUUUUCUGCAUCCCAGGCUCCCUCCACCGGCCCAGAGCCCAGCACCUCCCAAAGCGUUGGCAGGAUGGGUCCUGGGCUGUCCAGGAGUUGGGGCACCACAGGGUCAAGGUGACACAGCCAGUGAGUGACGAGCUGACAGCAGCCGUUCAGAACCACUCCGGCCCCAGCCCCCGCUGGCCCUGACCCUCAACUCUGCCUACGGGACCAGCAGCAUCAGCAAGGACCAAAGAGACGUAUCCUCCGUCCCCCGGACACGAGAGCCCGUCUGUGCUGGAUCUGUAGUCAGUGUUUUGUGUUUUUGUACUGAGACGAAUCAGAGCACUUUAGAGAAUUCUCCUUUACUUCCUGUCCUUUUGUGACGAGUGCAUUCCUGGGCCUCAGGCACACAGGUCCUCGAAAGAGACGUCCAAGGCUUCUCCUCGGCAUGUGGUGGGGUCUCCACUCAGGCCGUGCAGCGGGCAGGUCUUCGGCACGUUCUCUGGCCAGUAGCCUGCGGUGACUCCUGGGUAGGGCCCGGUUUUAUUUGUAAAGUUGGCGGCUGAGCAGUGUUACUCCUGCGGGAUCUGGGUACAUCUUUGGUAACUUUGACAUGAUCUCGGUCCACCCAGUGAUGCUAUGAUCGCAGCAUGUCCUCAUGCGGGAUGUUUCAGAACUGCCUUAGCGCUCAAGCCUGAUUCUAGCAAUAAAGGUGUCUGAAGACGAA